AUGACGAAUCUGGCAGCUUUUCUUGGUCACGAUAUAAAAACGCACAGAAAGUUCUAUCGAUUGCCCAAUGAAGCAAUCCACUUAGCAAAAAUUUCGAGACUGCUGAUGGCAGUAGAUGAUGGAACAAUUGAACAGUUCCAUGGCAAAUCGCUUAAUGAAAUAAAUGUAAACGUAGAGGUGGGAGAAGAUCCUGGAAGCAAAGAGGAAAAUAUUGAUCCUGGAUAUUCUGAUGAAGAUUUGGAUGAUCCUGAAGUGACAGCUAGUAGCAACAUUUUUAAGAAUAUUUUGCCUCCACAAGCAUCAGCAGCAAGAAAAGCAGAAAAACCAAAGGAAACUUCUGUUUCAUUUGAUCCAAAUGCUCCAAGCUGCAGUUACAUUAGCACAACUCAAACAUUGCCCCCUCAAAUAUCACACACUAGAAAGCAGAAAAUAAUUACUCCUCAAAAACGUUGCCUGUGUAGGCCGGAAUGUGGUCGACAGACACUCCAAGAACUUUUAAUCAGACCAGUUCAAAGAUUACCCAGCAUCAUACUUCUCCUGAACGAUAUACUGAAGCACACCCAGACUACUUAUUCAGACCAUGAAGCCCUUCAGAAUGCUAUACAAGCAUUGAAAGAUGUAAUGAUGCACAUCAAUGAAGAUAAAAGGAAGACUGAAGGUCAAGUGGCUAUGUUUGAUAUAGUAAAUGAUAUAGAAAACUGUCCGCCUAAUUUAUUGUCAUCACAUCGAAGUUUAGUCUCAAAAACUGACAUGCAAGAGAUAACAGAUUUGUUGACCAAGAAAGGAGGAGCAAUUACUAUGUUUCUCUUUACCGAUGUCCUUGAGAUAUGUAAAAAAAGAAGUCGAGGAACAAAUAGCCUUAAAAGCCCUGGUGUUGUGAGUCUAACUUCAACUACUAUGAAAGUGCAAGCAAAAUCCUUCAAGCACAUAGAUUUGAUACCUUUAUCACACAUUAAAAGGGUGGUGGAUAUCACUGAAACAGAAGAGUACAGAAAUGUGUUUGCUAUAGUGGCUUGGUCAUCAAAAGAAUUAAAAGAGCUGCUCUAUGCCUUCAUUUUAACAGAGGAGACAUGUAAAAAUACAUUUCUUCAUUCUCUUUGCAGACAAGUUGCCGACAGUGUUUGCAAAGCUGAUACAGAAAACCUUCUCACUAAGCUAGAUGCUCAACAAUUAGCACUGCAGACUUCAGAAGGUGCUGGAAAUAUGCUGAUAAAAGCACUGAGCAAAACUCGAGAUAAACUAGGUCGAGCUCUAUCGAUGCGUCGUACACCAACGAAAAGGGGCCUCAGCAGAGCUGUAUCUACCAUGAUCAGCCCCUUGAGACACUUUGGAACACCUUCUCAUAAUAUGCCAUCUCUGAGAUUAUCUUCAGUUACAAAUUUAACAGAGUUCGAUCAACCCCCUCCUAGCCUGCCAUCCUCCCCAAUUGGAGGAAAAAAGUUGAAGAGCAGCUCCCUUGGAAUAUCAAUGUCCAAAUUGUUUUGAUUGUAUCCCAAAGAAUGUUUUGUUGGCCGCCACUGGAGAGAAUUGUCAGUGCACACUUUCCAGGUGCUGGACAAGAAAAAAAAAACUUUAAAAAGUGGUUUUAUUGUGUGGACCGCAUGAACAUCUUACACUUUUCCCUCUACAAUUACUGUAAUAUUUUGUAAAUAAUAGUUAUUACAUUGAAGGGUACUGUAAUGAUUUAUGUCUGAACUUUAAGAAAUCCGCAGAAUUUUUUUUAUAAAUGUUCAUACUCAAGUUGGUUGAAUAAAAAUG